AUGUUUUCCUUAUUGUUUUUAAUCACCACGUCUUAUGCUACAGAUAAAAAUUGUCUGUGGCACGAUUCUUUUGGAUAUACUUAUGAUAUUUCAAAACUACACAACAUAAAUAACUAUCAAGUACCUGAUACUGAUACAAGCAUGGGAAUGUUUAAUAUGGUUUACGAGUUUAAUUUUUGCACAGGAGCGGUGAAAUGUUAAGGAAGAGAUGUUGCUGCAUUUGAAGCACUUGAAGUAAUGGGAAAAGUGACUGAAAAUUGCGAUGUUUUGGGAUUAAAAGAAACUUAGGAAUUUGGCUAUGUUAAUCCAGUUUAUCCUGAAUUAGGCAUUUCUGUUACAUACAAACAAGGCGAUAUGUGUUUUGAUGUUAAAGAUGAUGGUGGAUUACAAAAAAUUAUUGCAGACAAUGAACAAAUGUAAAUGAGUCCAAGAUCUGUUACUUUCGAAAUCACAUGUGGCAAAGAUGAGCCUAACUUUAGAGUUAUAGAUUCUAGUAAAUGCAAUAUCAGAUUGGGUAUUUAACACUCAGCUGGUUGUAGAUCAGGAUCCUCUCCAAGCGGGGGAAGUCAGACAAUGCUUUUAUAUAUUAUUUUAGGAGCUGGACUUUAUUUUGGUGGUGGAAUAGCAUACAAUAAAAAAUAAUAUUAGCUAAGUGGAGUAGAUGCACUACCGCAUUCACACUUUUGGAAAGAUUUUCCACAUUUGGUUAAGGAUGGGAUUAAUUUCACUGUUAUUAAAGUUUUUGGCAUAAUAAAAAAGUUUAGAGGGUUAUCAAGCGAAGGAGGAUAUGCUGUUAUUUGA